AAGCGCCCGCAGCCAGCCAGGGUUCCUGUGUACAAGAGAACCAACUUCGAGUGUUCCGUUAUCCAGAUACCCAGGCUCUCAGUCAGGCAAUUAACGAAGGAGAAAUACGAACGGGGGAAUUGAAAGCGGGGAGGGGAGAAAAAUAGAGACACGUACGUACGACGGCGUGAGGGCGGACGAUGACAACUCCAGGUACGGAAGGAACUGGAAGAUCGCCCCCGGUGGCGCCCCAAGAGGAACGGGACUACUGGGAAGAUGAAGACCGGAUACGGGAGCUCAUGGCCAUGUGCUCUGACGAUGGGAUAUAUCCCACGGAUUUGGAUCCAGGUGAGAUGGUGGUGGAGGGGAGAGAGGCACGCUUUAGGCUAAAUACCUCGCUGGAUGAUAUCAAAGUUAAAUGGCUGAAAGAGAGAACCGUCACGGUGAUCUUCAAAGAGGCGGCGAGAUUUCUCCCGAAGAAUGUCAAAGAUGAUCUAGUUAGAGCGUUUGAGGACGGUUGGGUCAUUGGCAACGAGAAUUUGACAGAGAAUUCAAGGCGUGGGAGGGUGAAAAUAGAGGGGCCAGGUGUAGCUUCGUACGUAGCUAAGGCAAGGGAAGUGGCGGCUUUCAUGAUAGCUGAGGGGCACGUGGAGAUAACAUUAGGAGGAGAAACGUAUAGGAUUCUGUUUAAACCUUGGAUGACGCGGGCGGAGUUCAGGGACCUGAGAAGGCAGGAGGACAAAAGUACCUUCUGGGUAAUUGCGCUGCAAAUCCCGCUUGACGAUAUGCCUUUUAUCUAUGCUCAGAUUGAAAAAGCGAUAGGCAAAAUCGUGCUAGCUCAUCCGGCAGAUGCAGAUCCAAAUAGACCUCCACUCGUCAACGCACGGUUCGAUUUGGAUCCGGAGGCGAGGCAGAAUAUGAAGGAUAUACUGUGGAUCGAGACGCCCAAGGGAGACACUUUGGAGGUCCGGCUGGCCACCGCUGGAACACCGAAGUGCAGGAAAUGUCGACAGUUCUUUCAUACAGAGGAUGAAUGCAGGCGAGGAGGAAGCCAAAGAACUCGAGCAGUGGCAGGCGCAACCUCAAGUAACCAAAGACAGAACUCCCACCCGGGACCAGCGGUCAGCGGUCAAGGUGGAGGUCAAACCCCUGGGGGUUAUCAAGGUACGAUGGGCCCAUGCCAAGAAACUCCAGCUCCUUCUGGAGCGGCCAGUCAUGGAGGAACGACACGUUUGAACCCGAUUUUUUCACCGCAGGGAAGGAAUGCUGUGUCGAUGGCCCACAUGGGCGUCCCCAUGAUGGGUAACCAAGCCCCCAUGGGAGGAGGGCCAAGCCUCUUUACAUAUGGAAUGCCCCCAGCGCAAGGUACAGACCUUCAAGGCAACUGCUGGCAGGGUGGUGCAAUUUCGUCUGAUUGGCUGAUGACCAGCGGCUUUAACCCAGCCCUGUGGUCAGGUUGGGCAAUGGGUCUUCAGGGCAGUCAAGGGGGCCUGGGAGCGGGAGGCAUGGGAGGGCAAGUAGGGAACCCAGGUUUCCUCCAGCAGCAAGGAGCCUCGGGAGUUCCGACACCUGGAGCAGCGGGCUCAUCUGCGGAAGGAAGGAACGUGAACAACCCUGUGCCGUCGGGGUUAGGAAAUUCAGCCGGAGCUGGUGGUGAGGAGAGGGAGCGAGGUUCAGAGGGCACGCCAGGAAGAGCGAGGGGAAGACCGACAGAUAAGGACAAGCAUUGGACACUGUUGGGGGAACGCAUAUUAAGUAGAGAAUGGAAUCUAUCUCGCCCAACAGAUGUUUGGGCGUGUGUGUGGAUUGACUCUUUUCUGAGGAAAAAAGUGAAGUCGGAGUUCUGGUCAGCUGUGCUUCAAGCCUGGAGGAAGGUGAAGCCGGAUGUGCUGUGCAUGCCGAAAACCAAGGAGGAGGUGCUCUCACAGAUCAUCUUCGAAAACCCAUGCGUCAAGGACGGUAAUGGCAGGAUGCUGAUGGCAGAUCGUGCGCCAGGGAGUUUUGGGAGGAGCUGGGUGGAACGGGGAGUUGUCAGACUGAGAGACAUGUGGGAUGAUAUUACAGGGACCUGGUGCUCAGAUGCGGUGCUGCAGGAAAUGUUAAAACCGUCCAAGUUUGUCAGAGCUCGGAAACAGCAGGCGAUAGACGCCCUCCCGGCGGAAUGGCUGGGGAUCUUGUCCCCACUGCAGGACAACCCGCCUGGUACCUGGUACUCAAUGCAGGCUCAGGACUCGGAGCAACUGUUCCUUAAGAUGGUGGUAGCGCCGACGGAGGGAGGAGUUAAAUUCCAACAGUGGAGACACGAGGGUAGAGAUGGGAACCUUGAGGUAUGUGAAGAUGGGGAGGAACUCAUUCGGUUCCCACGGGGAGCAGUGAAGGAGAUAAGAGUAAGGGAGGUGGUGGAGAGGGAGGGGUGUCCAUGGGGAAACUGCUCGUCUAGAUGACUUUUCACUCCAGUUAGCAUAUGACGUCCAGGCCCCAGCUCGAUCUCCGCUGAUGGUUGCGGUUGAAAGAUGGACCCGUGUCCACUCGGAGGACACUGAAGGGAUUAGUAAAGCUCUGCAAAGGUG